AUGGUGCAGUGCACUCGAUGGCAGUUAUUUGUUCGUAGUAGAAACUAACCUGAGGAUUUUCUGUGGAAAAAUGAGGAGAACCGAACGGUUUAAAAGCCACGAAGAGGAGGACGCGGAUCUGGCAGGUAUCGUGGAUGCAAGGUUCCAGACACUCCUCAAGGAAGGAGGAAACACUUUUAUGGAUUUCAAGUGGCUCCGUCCGGAAUUGCCGUCUUUCUUCGACGAGGAAAAGUUUCACCUCGGUCAGCGGAUGUUUAGCAAUAAUAUUUUCACCAUGAUGAUCGCGAAACUGAGCGGGCUGUUAUGUUUGUUCGCCAUACCCUCGGUCAGAGAUGUUUUAAUCUUCACGAGACAAAGCGGUACUACGUGCGCCGCGUUUCGCAGAUACGUGUCCACCAUUCUUCACACUUGGGUUUGGUACGAGAAAAGACCCGGUGUGCAGAAAGAGUUCAUGGAGUCCCUGAAAAUCGUUAGGAAAAAGCAUUGCGUAGCGUUUCAGAGAAGCUCGGAAGCUGGUCUUAACAGAAUAUCGCAACUGGACAUGGCGUUGACGCAGUUCGGAUUCAUAGGAUUCACCCUUCUCGGCGGCGACUAUCUCGGGGUGAAUAACACUUUCGACGAACUCGAGGGGCUGAUUCAUUUCUGGCGCGUGGUCGGCAGCAUGCUGGGAAUGGAAGACAAAUACAACAUCUGCACCGGAAACGUCCAAGAGACGCGAGCUCUUUGCAGACGGCUUCUCGACAAAGUUUUCCUUCCAUCGCUUGCCAAUACCAACAAAGACUUCGAUAAAAUGUCUCACACGUUGAUAGAAGCUCUCUGGCCGAUGAAUCCUUACAUAGAUCCGGACGCCUUCAUGGCGUUCACCUUCACAUUGGCAUCGACGAGUGCCACCAAUAACAAUCAUUCGUUAAAAAUAGAUACGUCGAAGAUGUCGCCGUACAGCAGAUUCAUGUUCAAUGUUCAACUGAUGACCCACAAAUACUUGCUACCGACCACGUCUUGGUGGUCGUGGUUCUUCAGGGCCUACUUCAAUGGACAAAUGCGAUUGGCUGUUUAUCUAACGGAGUAUUUCCCGUUCUUGGCGUUCUGGAACUACGGUAUAAAAAACUCUUACGUAAAAAUAUAUAAUUAUUGCGUGACGUGAAGUCGAGCUAAGGUAAAAGCACUGGUAGUAGAAACAAGCUUUGAUACUUUUCCUUGACAGAGUCAAGUACCAACCAGGAAUUAUCCUCGAACGAUAUUACUUUAGAAGCAACGACGCUAAUAAUGCUAAUUUUUAUGUUAACUACUGGUGCAAUUACCUUAUGUAUUUCGUUGCAUUACGCAAUCGAAAAUAUGUUACGGUACUUCAUUCACUGAAAGUGUAUGCAAAUUGUUUGCGCAAACAUGUGAGGUCGAACGACCACGAUGUAAAUCGUGAUGAUUCAAGUAACUGCAGUACGCUUUCGGUCCAGUCAUUUCAAACUUUGCUAUCAAAACACUUUUCGAAUGAUGUAAUAUAAGGAAAUUCCCCGACUGGACCGAACUAUUUUUUUACUUUUUUUACUCAGAAUUAGUAUUUUACUGGAACGAAGAAACUCAAUUAAAAUACUAAGGAUAAUUUUUGUAAUUUUUUUUAUUCGCAAGUUCCGAACCUGGAACUUGAUAGAAAAUAGUGUAUGCACAAUCUGCACUAAUGAUAAACAAUGCUCCUACAAACCAAUUCCUUGAUUAUUAAUUUGUUCAUUACCACUAAAGCACUAUAGUGGAG